AACAGGAACAUGCUAAGACAGUGUAUCUGUUACUCAGAACUACCUGCAGGUACGAGUGCCACCACGUUUCAUAGGCUAGAGAAGGGUAAAUCUUCAGCUGAGCAGGAAGAGUGAGAAGCCAUAAUGGAUGGAAUACAACGUGUGUGUGUCAAGCUCCUUUUGAUUUGUCAUACAGUAGUGAUGUUUUCUGUUCAGGCUUCAGAUCAGCCUCCCCCUGUGAAUGAAGACAUGCAAACAGAAGCAGUAUCCAAUGUAUCUGGAAAUACAACCAUAUCUAGAAGUAUUGUAAUGUCUACCAUUUCAGAUGAAGAAGCAGUUAAUACAACCACAGUGCAGAAUAUAAGUUCCAGUUGGAAUACAAUUGCUUUGACAGCAAAGAUAACUAGUUCAUUGGCUUUAACAACUUUGUCACAUUUUGCACGAAGCACUCUACGUCCCCUCAACACAGACACUAGCAGCCCUUCAGACACUACUAUUAGAUUCAACACUGUUAUGACAUCACCUACAGUUUCAACCUUUAAUCAAGCAACUGACAAAGAUUCUAAUCCCAGAACAUCUGCAAUCACAUUGAAACCAACAGCUCAAUCGUCUACAGUCACACAACUAAAUACUAGCAAAGCUUUGGAUUCAGUUCCUACAACACAGGCUUCAGGAGGAAUUCAUCUAACGAAUUCAGAGGCCAUUCUGGUCAUUAUUUUCAGCAGCAUCCUCACAUUUGCUGUUCUAGCAAUUGUCAUAUGCAGUCUUGAUAAAUACAGGAAGAGAAGAGCUCAGUAUUCCCAUCACCCACUAUAUGACACCUCUUCUGAAACAGCUGACAUAUACACUACUCCAGAUGACACACUGAUGAUAUCAGGAGGACUAUAUGAUGCACCAAGGGUUUAUAACCCCAAUAUGACUGUACUGGAUGAUGAUGAGCUUCAACCUGAAUACUUACCAUUUGGCGCCAGAUCUGGGAAGUUCAGACUUGAAAUUUUAUCUGGUGAAAAUUAUAAAGGACUUUCCCCAACCUUUGAUAGAUUUCAGUCACCAACACAACACUCAUAAUGUAGUAAUAAUGACAGUAGUAUAGAGCAAUCUCUUUAAUUAGUUGUCAUAUUAGUUUUUAAGUAGCAUUUUAUUACAAUAUUAAUAAUUAUACUAGCUCUUAAUCAAUAGACCUGAAUCCACUUCCCAAAGGAGGCAAGUAUUGUUAUCCACAUAUUAAUAAUGGGGAAACUGAAUCACAGAGAGGUGAAGUGACUCGCCUAAGGUAUGCAGGGAUAUAACAAAAACAUAAAAUUAGUAAAGUUUAAACAUGGAUUUUAAAUCUUAAUCUUACUGCUGCAAAAUUAUUAUAUGCAUGGAUUUAUAACUGGGUCAUAAAAGAGCCAGGCCAACCACUAUUCUUAGUUCCCUAGCAAGCUCAGUGAGUAAUUAAGGUUCACAUUUUUAGAACGGUCUCUGAAAUUAGGUAUCUCUGUUGUUGAAUAGAUCAAAAAUGGCAGCACUCAAAACUAUCUCUUGUCUGUUUUGAAAUGAAAUGGUAAUUAAUAGCAGAUACUCGGAGCCCUAGGUGAAAUCUGGACUGCAUUAAAGUCAAUGGCAAAACUAAUGCAGCCAGGAUUUCACAUUUUAUAUUUAAGGGUGGAGGGGAUUAAUUUUUUUGUUGCAAAGCAGCUACAGAUGUAUCAAUACUAAUACCCAUAUCCAUAGGUGGUUUUGACUGUCAACAAACUAACUGAUUGAAGGGAAAUAGUUCAUUUUGAGUCAAAGCCCACAUACAUGGCUCUAAAAAAUUAAUUAAUGUAUUUGGCAAAGGUUAAAAGAGAAUUUUACAGUAUUUAGAGAGAUUAGUCACUAGGAAACUGCUGCUGUCUGUGUUAUAAGAGGGUCUGUGCAUUGCUUUCUAAUAUAUCUGUUAAAAAAUAUACAUACUGAAAAAAACUAGAGUAGAACACAAUAUUCCGUAUGUCAAGUCACUACUUUCCUGUAAAAAAAAAAAAAACCUGUCUGCAAAUGACCCUGACUACUCAAAAGCUGGGACACUCCCUAUAUUCCAGUCACAACAUUCUGAAGAUAUUUUGUACAUCUUUUAAAUCCCCUUCUGUUAAAUGUUUAUCUGCUUCAGCUUUAUGCACUGGAA